CCCCUCUGCCCCUCCUCCUCCGGGGCAGGGGCCGCCACAGAAGCAUUGGCUCGUUUCCAGGGAGACUCCGAUCCUGCAGCCACUUCAAUCACGACUUCACCGCUGGCUACGGGGCGGCCCUCGUGGCCGGGAUGCCACUGUGUGCCUUGCCAGUCCACAGUGGACGGUGAGGGCCAGGAGGAGGCUACCGAGAGCAGGAGACUAAGAGGAGGCGGUCCUCACCCAUCCGGAGACAUGAACCUGUGCUGGAAUGAGAUCAAACGCAAGUCCCACAACAUACGGGUUCGACUGGAGGCCUUCUCUGACAAUAGUGGGAAACUGCAGCUCUCGCUCCAGGAGAUCAUCGAAUGGCUGACGGCCAAAGACGAGGAGCUGUCGGAGCAGCUGCCCAUAGGGGGUGAUGUGGGCGCUGUACAGCACCAAAGGGAGUUCCACCAGGCCUUCAUGGAGGAUGUGAAGUCCCGCGGGCCCUUCAUCUACUCAGUGCUGGAGUCCGCCCAGGCCUUUCUGGCCCAGCACCCGUUCCAGGAGCCUGAGGAGAGUCUGAGCGAGGCAAAAGAAGUGUCUCCGAGGCGGCGCAUUCUCAAUGUGAGUCGAUCUGUAUGGAAGCAGGCGAAUGUAGCCAGUGACCUAUGGGAGAAGCUGACAGCACGCUGCGUAGACCGCCACAGACACAUGGAGCGUACUUUGGAGCGAUUACUACAGAUCCAAGCUGCCAUGGAGGAGCUGGCUGUUGCUCUGGACCAGGCUGAGGGGGUUCGGGACGCAUGGGAGCCUGUUGGAGACCUCUUCAUCGACUCCCUACAGGACCAUAUAGAUGCCACCAAGUUGUUCAAGGAGGAGCUGACGCAGGUGAAGGAGGGCAUGAAGCACGUCAAUGACCUGGCACACCAGCUGGCCAUUUCCGAUGUGCAUUUGUCCAUGGAAAACGCACGUGCCCUGGAGCAUCUCAACAGCAGGUGGAAAGUGCUUCAGGGAUCCAUCGAGGAGCGUCUGAAGCAGCUCCAGGACGCACAUCGAGACUUUGGGCCCGGAUCGCAGCACUUCCUCUCCAGUUCAGUGCAGAUACCGUGGGAGCGUGCCAUCUCACCUAACAAAGUGCCCUACUACAUCAACCACCAAGCCCAGACAACAUGCUGGGACCAUCCAAAGAUGACAGAACUGUACCAGGCGCUGGCGGAUCUGAACAACAUCAAGUUCUCGGCAUACAGGACGGCCAUGAAGCUGCGGCGGGUGCAGAAAGUGCUGAGAUUGGACCUGGUGGCCCUGAGCAGUCUGGCGGAGGUGUUUCGGGAGCAGGAGCUGCAGCAGCCUGACCAUGUGAUGGACGUGGUGGAGGUGAUCCAUGGGCUCACAGCGCUGUACGAGCGGCUGGAAGAGGAGCGCUCUGUCAUGGUCAACAUCCCCCUCUGUGUGGACAUGUGCCUCAACUGGCUGCUCAAUGUUUAUGACAGCCCUCGAAAUGGUAAGAUGCGUGUUCUGAGUUUUAAGAUGGGUCUGGUGAGCUUGUGCAACGCUGACGUCCAGGAGAAGUACAAAUUCUUGUUCCGUCAGGUUGCGUGUCCAGGUGGUACCACAGACCAGCGGCACCUCAGCAUGCUGCUCCACGAGGCCAUCCAAAUCCCCCGACAGCUGGGAGAGGUGGCAGCGUUCGGGGGCAGCAACGUGGAGCCCAGUGUCCGCAGCUGCUUCAGAGUGGCCCCAGGAAAAGCCACGAUCGAGGUGUCUCACUUCCUGGAGUGGAUGAGCCUCGAGCCUCAGUCCAUGGUGUGGCUCCCCGUCCUGCACCGCGUGGCUGCAGCUGAGUCCACCAAGCACCAGGCCAAGUGCUCUGUGUGCAAACAGUGUCCCAUCAAGGGCUUCAGGUAUCGCAGUCUCAAGCAGUUCAAUGUGGACAUCUGCCAGACCUGCUUUCUGACCGGGCGCACCACCAAGGGAAAGAAGUUACACUACCCCAUCAUGGAGUACUACACCCCCACAACAUCAGGGGAGAAGAUGAGGGACUUUGCCAAGACUCUGAAGAACAAGUUUAGGUCAAAGCAGUAUUUCACCAAGCACCCACAGAGAGGCUACCUACCUGUGCAGUCUGUGCUGGAAGUCGAGGCCUCUGAAACGCCCUGCUCGUCCCCCAGACUGCCCCAUGCCGACACACACAGCCGUAUCGAGCACUACGCCAGCAGAUUGGCAGAGAUGGAAAGCCAGAAUUGCUCCUUCUUCACUGAUAGCCUCUCUCCUGAUGAAAGUCUUGGCUCAGUGUGCUGUCUCCUGUGUGGGGGACUCAGGGAUGAAGACCAGUACCUCCUGCGUCACUCCAGCCCCGCCCUGGACCCGGACUCCCCCUGUCAGCACAUGCUCCUGGCCCAACUGGAGCACCAGGACAAGGACCAGCUGCAGCGCACUCUGGCCCGCCUGGAGAACGAGAACAGGGUGCUGCAGGGCGAGUACAGGCGGCUGAAGUGGAAGCAUGAGGAGGCAGCGUCAGUGCCCAUGCUGACAGAGGCAGGGGAGGGGGGUCUGGGCUCUCCCACUGGGGGAGCUCAGGACGAGGAGCUGCUCGCUGAGGCCCGAGUCCUGCGCCAACACAAGAGCCGUCUGGAGACACGCAUGCAGAUCCUGGAGGACCACAACAAGCAGCUGGAGUCACAGCUGCGCCGCCUCAGGGAACUACUGCUACAGCCCAAAGACGACUCGGAGGCGAACGGGUCCGAGCCCUCCACACUGUCAUCGCCUGUGUCUGGAGCAGGUCGCCACGGUGAUCCGGCAGAGAGCAGGGAGACCACCGACACCGAAACUGCAGCAGAGGAGCCGGAGCACGAGCAGGACACAGUUCUGCAGUUACAAGAGGUCAUCGAACAGCUCAGAAAUGUCUUCCCAUCUGAGCCGGGCACCACCUCUCACAUCUAACCCUGAGUGGGAUGUGUCUAAUCUCAGAGCGGAGGUCACGACACUGCAGCAGAGGUCAGACCCACUGUCAGGGCUAACCGUGCAGUGGCAACGCUAACAGAGCUAACCCUCCACUGGAACCUUGUGCACUAAACAGCCUUUUUCAUGCAAACUGCUAAAGGCUUGCGCUGAUGUCCAAUUGGCCCGGUUAGCACCAUGUGAACGCGCCAAAGGAAAUUUAAGCAGAAGCAAUUCAGGGAAACGUCAAAGGAGCAGCCAAGACACUGUGCUCACCAGUAUCUGUGUCGAUGGGCUUUAGUGUCAACCCACAGCACAAACUGGACCUUCACUGGACACGUUUAAAGACAGAUACCGUUUCUCCAAUGUGUCUGCUCCAGUUGUUAUUUUUGAGAAGUUGGUGGCAUAGUGUUAAGUAGACCAGGGCGGAGUUGGGUGUUGUGUUUAAAGUGGCUGGUGGUAGAUUGUCAGGGAGUUUGACAGCAUCCACAACAAGCUUAUUUACUUUAUGCGGAUGACACAACAUCAGUUACAACCAUGAUUUAUUCACGACAGUCAAAAGCAGCCACUGGCACAGCCGCUCCAUACGCACUCACUGAGCACACACACACACUCCUCUAAUCCUCUCCGAUCGCCUGUCGCCUGCCUCUCUUAAGUGAGUCCUUUACCCCACUGGUACUCUCACUUUCUUGCUGCUACAUGCAUUUAUGGAUCACUCUUUACGCAUUGCACACAACUCCAUGAACCGGCUUUCAACGUGACAAUGAAAUGCAGCCGAAACCCUUUUAUCAGCGGGGGUUUAGACAAGCUGAAAGUUGUGCACCACUUUAUUUUGUGGGCUAAAAAUUGAGCUUUCAAAUGUCUGCAUGCAUAACCCAUUGGCAUACCAGGUGCUAUCCUGCCAUGCCCACAGAAGGCAAUAGAAGUAACUCCAGGCUACUGAGCUGCCAGAAUCCUUCUCAACACGAGCUCAUUUUUACAAACUGUUCAGGGGUGAAGUCUGUCAUCUUAAUACAAUCCUACACAGACUUCAUUCCUAAUAAGGUCAGCCUCAUGGAGAUGUUAUUGUAGCGUUAGUUCCAAAUUG